AUGGGAGAUAGCACUACUCGGGCUUUUAUGCCGUUGAUCCCGGGUAUGAGGUCCACGUACUAUGAGCAAAUAAGCAAGCCACAUUUUCGUCGGGGACAACUCCUGGAGCGAAUGUCGAUUGGUAAACCCACCAGCACCGAGAAGAUGCCACCAGCACCGACGAGUUCGUUUCAAUCCGUGGUAUCUGAUGCUACAGGUGUAAAGUUUCAAGAAUUCCGGCCGGCUACUACCACACAAGCCACCUACACUGCACCCCCACAGCCUGAAGUGAAUCGUCUCCAGCUUCCUAGUAGCAAGUAUCGAGUGGAUUACUCCCAGCCAGCGUGGAUCACACACGAUCGACUAGUGUUGAGAUUCUUCGCCUACUUCAUUGACCCUGUCGAACUCGCGGAUGGACAAACCGAGAAUCGGGUGAGGCGCGUCGUCAUGUGCUUCUACCUCAGUGAUCGAUCCAUCUCCAUCUCUGAGCCUCGAGUCACUAACAGCGGGAUGCCUCAAGGUGAAUUUAUGCGACGCACUGUCGUUCGCAAGUCCGGCAACAAGAGUCUCACUUAUCCUCGCGAAAACAUCUCGGACGACUUCUAUUCUCCUGAGGAUUUCCGUAUUGGUGGUGAACUGCGUUUGUAUGGACGAACGUUCCACAUUGUAGACUGCGACGCUGCCACUCGAAAUUUUUACGCUGAAGCGCUUGGUGAGACGUUGGAAACCCCACGCAUGUAUCCAGACGAAGCAAGCUCAAAGAUGAACGAAGUUGAUGAGCUCAAGAACAAACUAUGCGAACGCACUAGAGCUAUUGGCGCCAGCAAGGCCGAAACCACACGUAAAUUCCACGACCUGAGCCAGAAGGUGCUUAGGUUCUACGCGUCCUGGCGUGAUGAUCACCCGUUGUAUCCUGAGACUCGAUAUUUUAUCGUACACUACUAUUUGUGUGACGACACAGUGGAGGUUAUAGAAGACCGAGAUCGCAACCGUGAACGUGGUCGAGGUCAUUUCAGCGUUUUGCUAUCGCGGAGGAAGUUAGCUAGAGAGUCAGGUACUGGGAACCAACAGCAACAUGGCGACGACGGUGCGAGUUACUUCAUCACGGAUCGAGAUUUACGCUGUGGAGAGUGGAUUAACGUUUUCUCAAGACGAUUGCUACUCGAAGACUGUGAUGCAUUUACGCGUGAGUAUUACUUGGAGACUCACGGCAUAACCCAGGAGAAGUUUGAACCACCUGUAUCGGAAGCACCGGAGACGCCAGCUAAGUGGCAGCCAUUUCGUGCUGCUCAAGAGCCUCAAACUCCGCUUGCUUCAAACGGCCGAGGUACGAGUGGUUAUGCCGUAAACAACAACAAUAGUUCCAUGCAAGGAAGACUUGUGGCUCCAAUCCCUGGAGGUCAAAACCACAGUGUAGUGACUCCGAUAUGUCGAUAUGAUGAUCUCGAUGGGAAGCAAUUGAGAUUUCGAGCUCGUUUCCAAGGACUCCCACGCGGGGAUAUGAAUGCGCAACGUGAAUUUGUAGUCACCUACUUUCUUGAAGACGAAACGCUAGCUGUAUUUGAACCACGAUUACGAAACUCGGGAGUAUUGGGCGGCCGAUUUCUGGAUCGUGCUCGCUAUCGCAAAGACCUCAAGCUAAUUCAAAACACGAUGACGAAAGAUGAAGGAGUUCCAUUGCAUUACCAGGCAUCAGAUAUGUACGUGGGUGCUGUUCUUACCUUUGAAUUCUCACCGUACCAACGACUGGAACUAGUGGAGGCUGAUUCACAGACUCUGAGCUUCUGUGAGAGUUAUCCUGAAGUCUUCCGUUUCUCAGACAGCUCUGCAGUGUUAUCCCUCACGGGUAAACUCUGGAUGAACGGACCUCGCCAUGUGAACUUGCGUCGUGAAUGGCGACAACUCGAUAGCAACAAAUUGCAUUUUGUGAGCAUUGGAGCGAUAAAAACUGUGAUGAACCAAGCAGGACUCGCGUCGGGUUUAAAUGCACAGCAGAUGAUAACAUUAUUCAGGAAGUUCAAGAUUGACGACAACAACCUGAGUGAGGAGCCACUGUUCGCGUAUGAUGACUUCUGCGAUGAUCUCUCUGCUCUUGUGAGUAAACCACCCUCGCAAGAGGAGCGUAAAGACGCAGAACGCAGCAUGAGCUGGAAGCUGCUUAGAAUACGAUCGCUUAGACAACUCUUGUCUUACGCUGAAUCGAAUAGCGACUAUGUCUCGCUCUCCCAUCUGCUGCGUGUUACGGAUGAUCGGGCCGUGACGCUGUCAAAGCCAGAAGUCGAUGCACUCACAUCCAGAUUUACAGCAAGCAACGGUAAAAUCGACAUCCACCGACUGUGCGACCAUAUCUUUCAACUGCCGUCCGAUCAAACACCGGAACAAGUUGACCCGAAGGACAUUGAUUUCAGCUUGGAUGUCUCCAAUGAAGGUGGUGCUGCAUUGCCACCAGGAAGCGGACGCUCAACCGAACGAGCGACGAGCAGUUCAGAACCAGUUUACGCACCUCCGCAAUCUGCUCGCAAAAUUGAGCAGCCCUCGCAAGCACUAGCGGACCCUCGAGUUGUUAGCUUACUGCAACGAGUCUUUGGCACUCGAAAAUACCAGCUACGUAAGGCUUUACGUGAACGAGAUGUCGAGAAGAAUGGCCGAUUGCGCGAAGAUGAAUUCAUGGAUGCGCUUCUAUCUGUUGCCCCGCAAUUAUCUGACAACGACUCGUACCUGCUCGCAGAUAAAUUUUUCCCAACCACCAACUCCUCCAUCGACUACCCGUUACUCCUCGACAGCGCUUUUCGGACCUAACCAAGAAAAGAAACAGCGCGUCUCAACCUAGUUACUGGUUAGUACUCCGCUGAAGGAGCAGCCCAACUUGGUUCGGGCACCUUGAACAUUUGGCCAUCAAGCUGCAAAACAAUACACAGAAGUUAGAAGCUGAUAUUGGAGAUUUCGAGAGGGAGCGCCUUACCUUGUACUCUAGUGCAUGUAGCCAGAUCUUCGAGCAAUGCAGCUGCGUUUCAUUGAAAGCUUCAGCUUCGCCAACAUAGCACCACGUGCACGUUCGUUUCAUGAAUUCUUCUUCACUUUCGUUCUUUUUACGAGGAGUCGAAAAAUCGACGGGGUCCUUGGGCGGAAGAUCAGCUUUGCUGCGCUUGGCAGCCGCGAUUUCUUGGGCACGUUCUGCGCUCUCACCAAAAUGUAACUCUCCUCCAUAGCACGGGUCAUUGGCAAUGGGGAAACCAAUGAGCUGCAGGUGUAGACGAAUCUGAUGCGUUCUUCCUGUGACUGGCUUACAUUUCAUAAGACUGGUGCUCUUGUCUGUGCGAACAAGCCGCACCAAAGUCUCAGAAGGUUUUCCCUCUUCGUGACACUCCCAGACACCAUCACGGGCUGACAGACAGCGCAGUGGGCAGCUGAUAAGGAUGGCUCCCUCUUCUGGAAACGUAAUGACACUAGCCGGGCACUUUUCUUUUGCCAAAUUCACCAGCUCGUCUUGAGCUUCAGCAUUGAGGCCAUCCGGAAAUUGCCCACGCACACGCGCAAGGUACGUUUUGGAAGCUUGGCGGUCCGCUAAUUUCAAGGAG